AUGGAGUUUGCUGUCACUCUGGUAUAUGGCUCCAACUGCAGGAAAUUUCGUAGGGAGUUAUGGUCAGAGCUCUCUUACUUAUCUACUUAUGCUCCUAUUGCCUCAUCUCUGUGGGCAGUUGUUGGCGAUUUCAAUCAGAUUCUGGAUGCUACCGAGAACUCCUCUACCUCUGCUGCAUAUUCUACUCGAGGUAUGAGGGACUCCCUGAACUGUACGAUAUCAGCAGCUCUUUUGGAUCUGCCAUAUUGUGGUAAUUCCUUCACCUGGUCGAAUAACCAAGGUCUCUCAGUCAUCUCCAAAAAGCUAGAUCGAAUUUUGGUGAAUGAUCUUUGGCUCUCAAGCUUCCCUGAUUCACUGGGUGUAUUUGGAGACCCGGGUAUCUCUGAUCACAGCCCGUGCUGUAUUUUCCUAGACGCCUCCAAGCCAAAGCUGAAGCACCCGUUCAAGUACACAAUGUUAAACGAUAAUCCAGAUUUCUAG